GCAUGUUGCACGGGCGGCCCCAACUCGGGUGAGGCGAACCAGGGCGACUUGAAGCGGGCCAAGCAGGAUAUCCAGAAGCAGCUAACUGCUGUAGACGUUGUGCGGGAUUCUACUAGAGCAUGGUUUAGCAACAUGCGGCCAGAGCAGAUCCUGCGGGUGGCUCGGGCCGUGCAGAAUCUUGGCAAGGUGCGCCUCACAUCUGGUACUGGGUUCUCUGGCACUGACAUUAUCCAUCACGUGGAGGCGCAGGUGCUUAGUCUAUUUCAACAGAAAUGGGGAGCCCACGUGCAGAUCAGUCACGAGUUUGCCUGCGACAUUGGCGAAACGCAGAGGGACUUCAUUAUGGCGGAGCAUAGCGAGGUGAAGUGGAUCUUCAGGGACGUGGGAGAGCUGCUGGAACCGAGAGCCAAGGACAUGAAGUCGGAGGACUUUCAACUGGUUCCCCCCGUUGAUAUCUUCGCGGUGGGCCCCCCUUGCGUGACCAAAAGUGGCUUGAACCGCUCCGUGACCGCAAUGGAGCGGGAGUCGGCGUUGCAGAAUGGCGAGGGGAAAUCGGGCGAAGGCUUCAGGCUAACUUUCUCUUGUGUUGAGAAGCUCUCUCCGGCGCUCGUGCUGAUAGAGAACCUCGACAAGUGCGAGUCGGACACCAUGGUGGACAGGUCUGACGCAGACUGGAUCAUUGACACCCUGCAAGGUAUGAAUUACACAGCCCGGAGUUUCGUUACGCAGGCCAUGGACUAUGGCUCCCCGUGCUCUCGCAAUCGCCUGUACGUCGUGGCCAUCAGGAACGUCGGCGAAGCUGGGGUGGAGGCGAUGGACCUGAUCACGUCUCUUAUUGGCGUCUUCCAGACAGAGCCGAUCCCAGUGUCGCUCAUCUUGGGUAAGUUCGUCGACCUCCCUGAUGCUCCACCAGAUCACCCGUCGUUCAAGAGGGCGAAGAAGGCUUCGGAGUUCCACCAGGAGCACUACGAGAUCUACACUGCGUACAAGGUCCAGUACCCCCCAGAUUACUCCCUGAAGUCUCCGCAGUUUCUUGAAGGGUGUCAAACCCUCUCCGCGAAGCAGAUGGAGGUGGUCCACUUUGCAGACGAGACCGAGCCCUGCGAGCCAUAUCCGAAGAUCCAGUGGUUCAAUGUGAACUUCUCCUUGACAGCGUUAAAGAAGAGCGCCACCACGACCAUAUGGAGGGACACGCUCCCAUGCCUAACCUGCAAGGCGGUGAUUGUUGGCCGGCAGCUGCAGCCUGACAAGGAGACUUGUAUCUGGAAGGUGAUUCAGGGCAUGGACCUCUUUCGUCUUCAAGGCUUCGUCGAGUUCGAAUCGACCUUCGUGGAUGAGAUGUGCGUCACGGAG